CAGAAAGUACGUCUCGCGACACGGGUUGCUGAACAUUGCGGAAAUGCCAUCCGAUGUUUUUCGACGGCAUUUUCGCCUUGAAAAAGCAGACUUCUCUGUCCUACAACGGGCACUGCGCAUUCCGGAUCUCGUAACGAGCGCCCAAGGUGUUCACGUUCGUGGUUUGGAGGCGUUGUGUAUUUGUUUGAAGCGGCUGGCCUACCCAAACCGCCUUUGUGAUCUGCAGCACUUCUUCGGCCUUCACUACUCCGUAAUAUCCAGCAUAAGCAACAAAGUGCUGGAUCACAUAGAGGUGACGUUCGGCCAUCUCUUGGAUGACCUCACCAAACACCAAUGGCUCUCACUGAACGACUUGGACGAGCUUUCUCAGGCAGUGCACAACAAAGGCGCAGCUUUGCAGAACUGCUGGGCCUUCAUUGAUGGGACUGCACGGCCCAUCUGCAGACCAUCCGAAGACCAACAUGCCUAUUUUUCUGGACAUAAGAGAUUGCACGUCCUCAAGUACCAAGCGGUGAUGUGUGCUAAUGGGCUUGUUUGUGACCUUGAUGGCCCGUAUCCAGGAAGGAGACACGAUGCAGGUGAGACAACGUAUUGCUACUUUGUAAGAAUGCUAAUCAUUUUAAAAAGGCAUAAGUAUGUCACUUAUAAAGAAUGCCAAAAAAAGACUCUUUACUAUGUGAAGAGGUUUGUUCAGCCCGAAAAGAUGAAAAAAUUGACAUUGUGUGACUUCGCUUUAGACUUUGUAUGAUUUAGGAAAUCUGUAUCUGUUUACUCUAUGCAAAUGCUGCAAGAUGGCUACAUUCAACUGUAGCACAAGAAUUAAAGCACCGUUGUAUGUAGGUAUACGAGUAAUACUGGACUGUGCACGUUCCUGUC